AUGGCCGGAUCUCUCAUCGGAGGGGCCGUUUUGGGCGUGGCGUUUAAUAAACUUUUCGCUGCGGUCAGCGAUGCUGGUCGGAGAGUGGCCGCGUUCAGAUCAGACAUUGAGAGCUUAAAAUCAACCCUCUUUCAGAUUAAACCCAUUUUUCAAGACAUAGAGAAACUCAACAAGCUCACCGGCACCCAGGAAGCCGGAACAGAAGCGCUUAUCAAACAGCUCAAGGACGGCGAAGCGCUAAUCCAGGAGUGCUUGAGCAUCAAGCCAUACCAUCUUUUGAAGAAGUGGCGGUGCUCAAAGAAGCUGGCGAAAUUGGAGAAGUCGCUGGUGAGAUUCUUUUCUAUUGAUGUCCAGAUACAGAAGUUCAGGGAUAGCAAGAAAACUCUGGCGAAGGCGAAUAGUGUAGAUCAGAAAAUGGACGAGGCACUUGCUUAUCUCAAAAUUCUGGGAACCUCUUAA